UCUGUGGACCUUUCUGGGUAGAAUAAAGUAAACUUUCUCCCUCAAAAGUCAGUGUUGAGGAGAAUGGCUGGAUACGUGGAUGGGUUUUACCAGCUGACAGCCAAACUGCUGUCCGGAGAAACCUUCAGUUUCUCCACACUGAAGGGCAAAGUGGUUCUCAUUGAGAACGUGGCGUCUCUCUGAGGAACAACAACCAGGGAUUAUACUCAGAUGAACGAGCUGCACUCCCGCUACUCCGACAGGGGACUCGUUAUUCUGGGUGUACCCUGCAAUCAGUUUGGACACCAGGAAAAUGCCAAGAAUGAGGAAAUCCUAAGAUCUCUGAAAUACGUGCGUCCAGGGAAUGGGUUCGAACCAAGGUUCCAGCUCCUAGAGAAGGUGGAUGUGAAUGGAAAGGACGCCCACCCCUUGUUUGUCUUUCUGAAGGGAAGCCUUCCGUAUCCCAGUGAUGACGGCGUGGCCCUCAUGACCGAUCCAAAGUUCAUUAUUUGGAGUCCAGUCUGUAGGAACGACAUCUCCUGGAACUUUGAGAAGUUCCUGGUCAGUCCCAGUGGGGAGCCCUACAAGCGCUACAGCAGAAAUUUCCUCACUAUUGACCUGGAGGCAGAUAUUCAAGAGCUACUCAAAGGAGCUCAGUAAAGUGUGUGGAUGGCUGAAAAGUAUAUCAGUGAUGAGCAGACUGGCCCAUCAGAUUAAUCAGUAGUCGCACAUCUGGUUUGGGUGUUUUAUCAUGUUUUCCACUUUCACAGUAAUGCAGCAUAAUAUUGACACAUCCCCUGUGGUGAACUAUGGUUGUUGAAGCUGUUUACUAAAUGAAGACGCUCCUUGAAGCCUGUUUGGGAAUGGAAUGUCUGAUAAAUAUGUAAACACAGACUCAACCACAGUUGAACCCAAUUCAUGUCACGUCUUUAUUUGGAAUAAAAACGUUAUGUCAUAUAA